GGGACGUCCCACUGGAAAUGUCUUUUGUGUGAAGUGGUGAGGAGGUUAGAUCGUCCCCGGGCCCCGCACACUGCUGACUUCUUCUCUGGUGUUCUGCUGCUCUCUGCAAAGCUAAAGACUUUGAAAAUGAGGGUGUGGAUUGUCUUCGUCCUCUGCCUGGCUGGCCACGCCAUGGCUGCUCCUGCUGAGGAGGAGGCCAUCGUGGAAGAGCUGGUAACUGAGGAGCCAGUUGUUGAGGAGCCCGAGGUGGGGGCCAACCCGGUGCAGAUUGAGGUUGGAGAGUUUGACGAGGCCAUUGAGAUUGUUGAAGAUGCCGUUGCUGAGAAUCCCUGCCUGAACCACCACUGCAAGAAGGGCAAAGUGUGUGAGGUGGACGAGGACAACAUCCCCAUGUGUGUGUGCCAGGACCCCUCCACCUGCCCCCCUGCAGAGGGAGAGUUCGAGCACGUUUGUGGCACCGAUAACAAGACCUACGACUCCUCUUGCCACUUCUUUGCCACCAAGUGCACGCUGGAGGGAACCAAGAAGGGCCACAAGCUGCACCUCGACUACGUCGGAUCCUGCAAAUUCAUCGAGCCCUGCAUGGACACCGAGCUGAACGAGUUCCCUCUGCGCAUGAGGGACUGGCUGAAGAACGUCCUGGUGACUCUGUACGAGCGCGACGAAGACAACAACCUGCUGACCGAGAAGCAGAAGCUCAGGGUGAAGAAGAUCUACGAGAACGAGAAGAGGCUGCAGGCCGGCGUUCACUCUCUGGACCUGCUGGCCCACGACUUCCAGAAGAACUACAACAUGUACAUCUUCCCCGUCCACUGGCAGUUCGGCCAGCUCGACCAGCACCCCGGCGACGGAUAUCUGACCCACACGGAGCUCUCUCCCCUGCGCGCCCCCCUCAUCCCCAUGGAGCACUGCACCACCCGCUUCUUCGAGCAGUGCGACGCCGACGACGACAAAUACAUCGCCCUGGAGGAGUGGGCCGCCUGCUUCGGCAUCAAGGAGCAGGACGUGGACAAAGACCUCAUCAUCUGAGCUCCUGCUCGAUGCUAACGGGACGAGGCGCUGAUCCCUAAGUUAACAACAGAAAACUAUCACAGUAACGGUGCUAAUUGCAAAUGUUUGGUUUUUUUUAUAUUUUGUUUGAUUAACGACCUUUCCUACCUUAUACCACUAAAACAGAUUACAGAGGAGAAAGUGCACAGUCUGUACUAACCGUCACAUGUAUUGAAGAAAAUACCCAGUAAAGGAAACUAAAAACCUCUGAUGUAAAUGUUUAUAUGCCACAGUUAGUUCAGGACCUUAAUUGGACAUCAGUUUUACUGAGGAGACAAAACUGUAAAGUCAAAAAUAAAGUUUCUAAAUAAA